AUACCUCCUUCUCCACCACCUGGAAGAGAAGGUACAGCAGCAAAGGAGUUAAAAAGACUCUCGGGAAUGAAGCUUUGAAACUAUGCAAAAAGGGCAUCAAGCUGAAUUAGGUAGGAGGAUCCUUGGGCAGACACGCCUUGGCAGUAAAUACAGCCCUCUGAUUUAUCAGAUGCAACAAGAGAAUCAGAAGACAGAGGCAGGCUUGCAGCAAGCUGUAGUUUGUGGAAAGUGGCCGCAGGUUGCUAAGCUUCAACACUGACCACAGCCUGCAUUCCUGGGAUCCCAGUGGGCAGGGAGGCAUUGAGAUGCCCUGAAUGCACUAGUGGAGUCCUGAGGUGUGCGACACUGUUGCUGUGAUUCUGUCCUCCCACUUUGAUCUUUCCUAGUGAAACAGGUUAGGAGGCAAAGGGAAAUGCAGCUUGGGAAAUGAGUGCCGCUAAGGAGGACGACCAGUGUCAGACGGCAGCUCGGAUUGUCACCGACCUCUGCCGCAAGAAGAGUCUGCCAAAAUUGGACUUGGACACCUGCAAGGACUUCCUCCAUGCCUCUCCAGACCUGAGUGUCCCUGAGCCAGAGCUCUCCAUCAGCCUCCUUGCAGUGAUAGUUAUUGUAUGUGGACUGGCCCUGGUGGCAGUUUUUCUCUUUCUCUUUUGGAAGCUGUGCUGGGUGCCCUGGCAGAACAAGGCUGUGUCAACUAACACUCCUGCCCCUCAGAGCCCCGCUGAACAGGACAAAGAGGCUAUGGCUGACAAGCUAAAGGAUACGGGCACUCUUGGCUUCUUGGAGGCAGCUGUGAAGAUCAGCCAUACUUCGCCAGACAUUCCAGCAGAAGUCCAGAUGUCCAUGAAAGAUCAUCUCAUGAGGCGCACACGGAUGCAGAGGCAAACGACAGAGCCUGCAUCUUCCACCAGGCACAUUUCUUUCAAGAGGCACCUGCCCAGGCAGAUGCAUGUUUCCAGUGUGGACUAUGGCACAGAUCCACCACCUGUGGAAGAGCAACCAACUUGUAUAGGACGGAUCAAGCCAGAGCUGUACAAACAGAAAUCAGUGGAUUCUGAGGACCCCAAGAAAGAGGCAGAAAAAACCUGUGGGAAAAUAAAUUUUUCUUUGAAAUAUGACUAUGAAAAUGAAAUGCUGAUUGUGCGGAUUCUUAAGGCUUUUGAUUUGCCUGCCAAGGACCUCUGUGGCAGCUCUGAUCCCUACGUCAAGAUCUACCUCUUGCCUGACAGGAAGCGCAAAUUUCAAACACGUGUGCAUAGGAAAACUCUCAAUCCCACUUUUGAUGAGUGCUUUCAGUUUCCUGUGCCCUAUGAGGAGCUGACCAAUAGAAAGCUCCAUCUUAGUGUCUUUGACUUUGACAGAUUUUCACGACAUGACAUGAUUGGGGAGGUGAUCUUAGAGAACCUGUUUGAGGCUUCAGAUCUUUCUCGGGAGACUUCCAUCUGGAAGGAUAUUCAGUAUGCCACAACUGAAAGUGUGGACCUGGGGGAGAUCAUGUUUUCCCUUUGUUAUCUGCCAACUGCAGGUCGCCUCACUUUAACAGUAAUUAAAUGCAGGAAUCUCAAAGCAAUGGAUAUUACAGGCUACUCAGAUCCUUACGUCAAGGUGUCUUUGCUCUGUGAUGGGAGGAGGCUGAAAAAAAAGAAAACCACCAUAAAGAGAAAUACGCUUAAUCCGACCUACAAUGAGGCAAUAAUCUUUGAUAUCCCUCCAGAGAACAUGGACCAAGUCAGCUUGCUUAUCUCUGUUAUGGAUUAUGACCGUGUUGGCCAUAAUGAGAUUAUCGGAGUUUGCCGUGUAGCAAACAGUGCUGAGGGACUAGGCCGAGACCACUGGAAUGAAAUGUUGGCUUACCCACGCAAACCAAUUGCACACUGGCACCCAUUAGUGGAAGUGAAGAAAUCCUUCAAGGAGUGGCAUGGUCGAGCAGCCAGUUUUGAUAGCCAAGGCUCCUGCCCCUCUCCCAAACCACCUCAAACACCAUGACAUGUGAAGUGGUGAAUCCAGCAGGACUCAACCAAAUUCGUUUCAUUUGGGUUUGCUUUGAUUAUUUAUUUAUUUGCCACUUGAUCUGAAUUCUAAGCAACCUAUUGCUGAAUGGCAGAAGACCUGGAUAUCAGGCACUGAGACUACUUGUUCCUGAAAUGGCAGAGGCAGCAAAACUGUUUUGUGGUCAUAUUUGUAUUAGUUUAUUUAUGUCUCUCAAGGUGAUGUUCUCUGUGAUUUUCACUUUAUGUAUCUGGCUGCCUGGGAAAAAAUGGUGGAGGAAUGAGACAUAGGCUGGAACUCUGGGCUGUAAAAUAACAUGUAAAAUAGUGAUUUGUGUGUGUAUGGAGGUGGACAAGUAGCAAAGUUCUGACCUUCUGCAGAUAAUCACACAGUUUUAAGAGGAGAAACAUGAACAAAUUAAAAUGAACAAACAAGAAAGCCUUGUUUAGACUCCCUGUGACCAGUGAACACUCUUUUGUUAUUGUGAUCAGCGACACAUGACAGAUGUUCUUAAUCAUACUGUGAUGUUCAUGGAGUCCGUGCAGUGUGUAUUCCGGCCUGCCCUUUGGUGUGUUUUGAAGAGUUGCUAAUUCCUCAGGGAAAAAUUUACCAUUUUCUGUAUUUUUGUUCUCUGGAGAACCUUUUGCAUGAGCUCAGUUGCUUAAGGUCCCACUCAUUCCUGCUGCAGUUCUAGAACUGGUCACAACUCUGUGAUGGGGGGAAAAACACCCAUUGUCAUGUAAACAAAAUUCCCUUCCAUGAUUUUUAUUUUUGAGAGUGAUGAACAUAUCAGUAUUUCUGAGAUCUGAUUUGUUAUACUGUUUUGUCUAGGUUUUUCUAGAACUGGUUGAUUUAGCUUGGCUUUUUGCAAAAAAAAGGGGGGGGAGGGGAGAAUCCUUUGCUACAAUUAGAUAAAUGCCAGAAAAUUUUGAGUGUUUGAAAAUUAACUUUUCCCUAAAUUUGGAAAAUAAAAGACCCUCUCCUAUUGGAAAAAGUGAUGUUGAUGAAAUUUGUUAUAUAUUUUAUGAAAAUGUUCAGAAAAUAAUUAAUUCUAUCAGUUCCAAUUCCUUUGGUUGUGAAAUCAUAAGGUUGUCACCUGCAUUGAUCUUGGUCUGCUCUUGGGGCUGCUAUAGCUAUAAUGGCAUGUCUACACUGCAGGUAACCUCAUUUUGGUGCCAUUUGGGCUUGAAUAGCUUGUGUCGCAUUUGCCCUUGGCUGUUUGCUCCUCUCUGUUUCUGACUCUUAUUUUCUUAUACUGCAGUAUCCACAUGCAGCAUCCACAUAGUCUAUCGAGACUCAUACAAUUGUGCCUGUGAACUUAUGCACAGGAUUUGCUUGUCUCCCCUACUCUUAAGAUUGCCUUUUUAAAAUUCUUUUUUAUUUCUCAGGAGACUUGCACAACUACAUAAUCCCACCAUUUCCAAACAGCUUGCUUGCAAUAAGCUCAUGUUGCAAAUCUUAACAAGUGCUUUUUUCAGUGCAGAUGCUGAACGUCAGAUGGUGGAGUAAGCUUGGCUGAGGCCUGGCACAUACAUAACCUUCAGCAGCAUAGGAACUGCUGUGACAUCGCUGCUUCUGAGCCAAGGCUGGUAACAUCUGAAAGACAGCAAUGAUGUGCAUGGGGCCAAUGUGGUUACUAGCAGGGGCAUAGCUAUAAUUGAGCGGAUGGGUUCAAAGAACCUGCCCCCACACCAGCUCCAGAGGAACCAUACUUUAAAAAAAACAAAAUUAUGUAUUAACCAAUAGAUUUGACCCUAAAUAAAAGCUUUUAGUUUUUCCCAUUAGCAUUUUGUAACAAACUGAAUCCUGUCCUGUUCUGUUCCUUGGGGUCAAUUAUUAAACACACUGGGCCCCAUACUGCUCAGUGAGCCACUGAUCCAAGGAACAGGUGCAUUUGCUGCUUCUGAGGCACUGUAAAGCACACCUGUAUUGUUUCCAGUGUCAGGGCUGCUGGCAGUACCCAUGGGAGUACUCUGGCUACUGCAUUUGCACACUCCUUAGUAGGCAUGCAGCGGCUCUGCCAUUGGAAGCAAAGCAGUACUGGUGUGAUUGCAGUGCCUCAGAAGCAGCAAACACACCUGUUGUUCGGAUUGACAGCUGGCCACACAGUAUGGGGGUCAGUGAACACAAUCUAGAGAAAGCUGUGGCACACCUAGGUUUCACUGAAAACAAUGGAAAUGAAUUGCACAGGUAGCCCUGAGCCCAUUGCUCUCAGUGAAAACUGAGCUGUGCCUAGCUGCCUCUGAGUUUUAGUUAGUUGAUGUUAUCCAGCAAAGGUAAUCUAUUCCUGGAAACUAAGGACUAUGCAAGGAUCACCAUUCUGGUAUACAAAAAAGGGUGUUGCUAUUAAUCUCUCAGUUGUGAUGCAUCACCUCUUCUGUACCAUGCAUCACCAACCAGGUGAACAGUGCUUUCAGCAAUGACAACACUGUUAAAUGUUCAGGGUGUGGGGGCCAAAAUUCAGGUGUAGUCAUAGUGAGGGCCUUGGGAUCAAUCAUAUUCCUGGCUACCCAUGCUUAUGCUUCCUGAUUUCCAUGGGACCUAACUAUGAGCUGGGCUGCAGUCAAGACCUUUGCUGAUCUUCUUGCCUAUAAAAUUUCUUAUGCUUUCCAUCUCAUACUUAGCUAAGUAACCAAGUACUCUUCUAUUUCUUUCAAGUAAUAUUUAAAAUAAUUUGCUUUUUGAUGCCAAUGUUACUUGGAAUGGCAGAAUUGUCUCCAAAUGGCCAUUGCACAUGUCUGCUCAAUCAGAUUUGUUGGGAACUGAGCCCAACAACACAAAUCCCUUAAAUUUAAACUCCCUCAUUAUCUACACUCUGCAUUAAUGUUCUGACUCACUGAACUAACUUUCCAGACUUGUGUAUAUAUCUUUGCAGGGAACCUUUGUUUAGUGAAAGACCAACCUGUUUUAGUUCCUCUCCACACCUUGUGUCUUAAUUUUAUCUGUAUGUGCCACAUGCUACAAGAGCAUCAGUCCAAUAAAAGACUUUUUUGGAA